UCUCUCUCUCUCUCUCCUCCUACCCUCACUCUCUCUCUCUCUCUCUCUCUCUAUCUACAUUUUCGAAACCUCCUCUCUACUUUUUCUCUCUCUAGGGUUUUACGAUUGUUCGCACUCAAAUUCCACUCACCCAGCUUCGCAUCUCAGCUGAAAAAUCGCCUCCCGAUCUUCCCCCUCUACCGCUCUAUCCGCCAGUGUCAUUUUCCGGACGCGCCGUGGAGAAUCGGGAGCUGAGCUUCUUACGACGUCGUUUCCGGUGGUUGUCGAUUUGCCUUGAGGUUUCAGGAAGUACUAUAUUAAGAACACUGAUCUGGAUAGAUGCUAUAACAUGGAGAAGGGUCUUCUGAUCGACAAUAAUCAUAAGAGGAAUGGUCCUAUUAUUGCUUCCAAGAUGGUGGGAUCAUUUGUUAAAAUUGAUUCAAUAUCUAUAGAUCUUCCUGAUGCUAAUGACAAGGGUAGCAGCCAUGUGGGAAACUGCGAGCAUUUCAGUAUACGUGGUUAUGUAGCUGAAGUUCGCAAAAAGAAUUGGAAGCUUUGUUGUCCAUUUCCUCUGGAUGGUGAGUUGGACAAGUUUGAUCAGGAGCCAACAUCCUUGCUUCCUCCUUUGGAUCCUCCAAAAUUCAGAAGGUGGUCUUGCCAGAAUUGCGUGCUGGAAACUGGUUCUGAGAGUAUUGCAAGAGAUCAUGGUACAGACAUUCGUAUUGGAUCUGAUUCCAAUAACAAGUGUGCUCAGGUCCCACACCACAGUGAUGCUCCACUGCUUCUGUUAGAUUCUGAACAAGGUUCAAUUUCAAAAACUGUUGAUGGAAAAAGAGUUGAAGUUUAUGUUUCUGUUGAUGGAAUUGGCAAUAAGCAACAUCCUUCGUCAUCUCCCUUUGAUAAGAAAGAAGGGAGGCAUGAAGUUGCACCCACUGCCAUCACAGUGAAUAAGAAUGUCUUAGAUGAUUAUGCGAGUCAUGAAAUGCCGAGACUCAAUUCUGUUGAGGCAGAAGUUGACCCAAAAAGGACGCAGGAGAGACAUAAAGCAGAAGCAGUAAAUUUGGAGGGCAAUGGAUCUGUUGAAAUCUGGAAAUCAGGAUGUGAAAGUCGUGAUGAUACCAACAUUAAGCUCCAUUUCUCAAACAACAAAUUAUUCUGGAAUAAGAACCUCACCCAGACUAGUGAAGCCGAGCGCCGACCUUCUGCAGAAGAAAAUCACAAGGAGUCAAUGAAUGCCUCUGGGACAUGUAAGAUAGUCGGAACUGUUGACAGGGCAGGUGAUGCUACCAAAGGCCAGACCAACAUUAAUCAUCCUCUGCAUGAGUGUGAUUCUGCAUCUUCUGAAAAUCUUGAUAAGUCAAGUAGUUUGAAUCGUAAGAAAGGUAGGAAGGUGCGUGUGCGUCUGCUGAGUGAGUUGGGUGAUGCAAAGCCUGAUUUCUUCAGGACGGAAGAUUCUCCAUCCAACAGAAUUAGUAAUACAUCUGGGGCAGGAACUGUUUCCCAAGGCCAGGUGUCUGUCCAAGAAAGUGCUAUAGUGGAUCUUGUGAGAAUAACAAAAGGAAAUUGCCUGAGGAAGAGGAACAGAGAAGCCAAGGGACGAGCCUUCCAAAAAGUUUGAAUAGAAAAGUUAAGACUUCCAAGCGAGAUGAAGA